AUGGAAGCAGUCGUCAGCACAGAACAGGACUUGAAAACAGACUUACCCACGACCGAUGGCGACGUGGAAAUGGAGAAUAACUCCCCAGUCGAUGGAGAUACCCCCGGCGACGAAGACUCCCGGCUACAGAAUGAUAUACAAGCUCAGCUCUCCGCGGAAGUUCAAGACGGGACCGCCGGCCAACAAACCGCAAACUCGACGCCCGAAGAAGCUGCGCAAACAGGUUUAGUGGUUCGCGAAGCGACAGAUGCAGAUAGCGCGAGACCAUACCAAGCUCCCCCGAACAUUGCGCGGAUAAGAGACGAGAUGUUUGAAUUGCGACAGCCCAUCGAGCUGAGCCUGGAGGAGUAUAGCCUCUAUUGGCCGUUCAUUGAUAACGUCUGGGUGAAGCAGCGAACGAGCACCACGCGGGAUAAGUCCGCGACCUCAGAUUACUACUCUUGUAGACAACGCAAGCAGCCCGGGAGGCGCAAUGAAGACAAGGCUCAAAGCCAGCCGUACCCAGAGGGGAAAAAGCGGCAUCGAGCAUCCCGGGAGGGGCCGACGUGUUCAUUUCAGAUCAAGGUCGUCAGGACAGAGGGCGCAUUUGCGUCUGUUACAAUCUCCCGUCAGACCAAUUGCGCUCCGAAACAUUCACAUGAUUUGGAUCAUAUGGACAAAGUCAAACGAAAUUCCGGUCUAUUGUCAUUUGUGAAGCAGGAAGCGGAGAAAGCAUACAUUCCCGCCUCUAUACUGGCGAAGUUCCGUGAAGAUCCGGACGUCUUAGCUGCGAUCGGCGGAAAGUUCCUGUCCGGAGUCGAUGUGCGCAAUAUAUGCGCGAAAUGGCGCUCUGCAAACCCUAACGCGGAAAUGAAAACACAUCAAGGCUACCUGUUCCAAAACGGCAUCGGAGUCUAUAAGAUUGGCUCUCGCCCAUCACGCCAGGGCAUUCCACAAAUCACGUCACAACCUAAACUAACAUUGACAUCCCACGCGCCGGACGCCCUCCCAUUUCCACAGUUUCCCUUGGAUUUUCUAGAACCUUACCUCCCUAACCGGGGGGAGAAUCGCAAGUUCCCCCACGUUACACUUACCUAUGCCCAAUCCAUGGACGGCAAGAUAUCCUUAGCGCCGGGUGUGCAGACAGCACUAUCGGGGCCUGAAUCCAAACUGAUGACCCAUUAUCUUCGGUCGCGCCACGAUGCAAUACUAGUUGGAGUCGGAACCGCCCUUGCAGACAAUCCUGGGCUGAACUGCCGCUUGGAAGGCGCUGGGGGUUAUGGAGGCUUAGGGAAGAUGUGGCAACCACGGCCAGUUAUAGUAGACCCGACGGGACGCUGGACUUUUAAUCCGGAAUGUCGGAUGCUGCAAUCUGCGUUAGCUGGAAAAGGAAAAGGCCCGUGGAUUGUGGUAUCACCGGGUGCCAAUAUCCCAGCUGACCGAAUUUUACUUCUCAAGAAGCAUGGAGGAGACUUUUUGCGGAUUGCGGAGUUCAAUCCCGCAUGGCGGUUACGAUGGUCUACAAUAUUUGGCGCUUUGGCUGCUGAAGGCAUCAGCAGCGUUAUGGUUGAGGGUGGUGGAGUAGUGCUCAGUGAAUUGCUCAAUCCAGAAUAUGAGGAUUUCAUUGACUCGGUUAUUGUAACCGUGGCACCGACCUACUUGGGCCGCGGAGGCGUUGCUGUUGCUCCGGAUUCAAAAAGAGAUGAUUACGGUAAGCCGAAAAUAGCACUCAAACCGAAAGAAGUGAAAUGGCACCCCCUGGGGCAAGACAUGAUUAUGUGCAGCAAAGUGCGGACCCCUCCGCCGACUCCAAUCCUUCCGGGUAUCGAAGAUGCUGCCCUAGGGCUCACAGGGGAAUAA